UAUACACGUUUGACGCACUCGUCUGUGAUACAUCCAAAUGUUUGUACUUGUUUUUGUUUGUACUCUCCAAACAAAUUUAUUUAUAAUUCAAAGCAAUGUGACACAUUUUCUGUUCCUUCCAAGAAAAAUAUAUUGAAUUUUAUCAACUAAAAACGACGAUGUGUUAGUGUGAGGGAAAAAAUAUGUCAAUCCCAUCAAGUAUGGACAGAACUUGAGACGACGCACCUAAGGACGAUCCACCGCUGACAUCCCCCAAUGCUGUAGUGUCCUUGAGCAAGGCAGUGAUAUCGUGGAUUGUUUGCCAUGCUCACAACUGUGAUAGAAUUAAUACUGACGAAAAAUGCACUCUCACGACAUUAAAAAAGGGAGUUAUAUUUUAAUCAUCCAAUUAAAUGUUUUUUUUUUCUUUACCGGCCCAUCAAAAUCUGUCUCAUGAAUUGACUCAGUGGUACAAAAAAAACCAUAAGAAAUCAACAGAAAAAAAUAACGUUAUUGAAUUACAGUAAUGCCUCAGUUCUCUACCAAUAGCCGUUCCAGAAAACGGUUCAAGAAGUGAUUUGCUCGCAAAUCACAUCGAUGUUUCUCAUUACAAUGAAUGGAAAAAGAAAUAAUGAGUUCCAAGCCUAAAAAAUUGGGCAAUUUAAAGCUGUUUUUUAGCUUUCUCUGAUAAUAAACUGCAUAUGAGAAAUAAAUGUAUAGUUUAAAUAUUUUAUACAAUAAAAGAAUUUAAGAAAUAUAUUUAUUUUUUGCUUAAAACGUAUACUUUAGUAAUAGAGUACGCUAGGCUGGGAGCGCAUUGCGGUGUCUGUAGCGACUCGGCGCCCGGGCUUGUAAACUUUUUUUUUAUUAACAAAAGUGCAGAGUAACUUUAAACAAGCAACUUGCCUUCUUGAUUCAUGAUUGGGGAUUGAUACGGCAGUCCUCAAUAAGAAGAAAAACAACAGCCACUACCGGGACACAUUUGUGGACAGAGGCUUUGUUAUACAGAAACACAAAAGUGAGCUGGCUGCACCCAGCGCGAGUAUGUCAUUUCCGUUUUUUUUUUUUUUUUUUUUUUUUUUGGGGGGGGGGGAGUCGUUCAAAUAAACAAUAACAAAACGCGUCGUGGGGGGGUCAGCUGCUUGCGACGGGCGCAUUAUGUUUUUUUCGAGGGGCGUUCGAAAUGUCGCGCGCAUUAUGUUAUAUCACGUUUUUUUUCCGGCGGCAUGGGAAUUCACAACAAAGCGCGUCGUGGGUCAGCUGCUCUGGCCGUGCGCAGUAAAUUAUUUACGGAUUUUGUCGGGGACGUUCGGAUACCAAAAUAGGAACAAAAAAAAAAAAUCGAAAUUUUCGUUCGAAAACGGGGACUUUCGAGAACCGAAGCUUUACUGUACUAGUCGACUUGGUUGUCAUGAUUCUCACCAACUACAACAUUUUCCCUCAUCAGUUUGUUUCUUUGUUCAACUCCAAACAGGAUUUAUUAUCUGAUGCAGCAAUUAGAAAUGAAAAUCCAUGUUUUUUUAAGUAUUUUGAAUACUUAUUCAUAGUAAUACGUUUUACAGUACCAAAUGGACCGGAUAUGACCACCGCGACCACCGUGCGCGUGCACGCGUGAGAAUGCGAAAUCUUGCGAAGAUUCACUCGGCCCAAAUAAAAACCCGACGAAACACGACCAAUGGAGGUGGAAGUGCAGAUUAGUGCGACGUUCUAGCAUUCAGUGGGCGAGCGACGAUUAAAAAAAAAAAUUAAUGGCUUCAUCCCCCGGAGGGGGAGAAAGAAACGCGGGGGGCGUCGCGUGGAGACACAUCGGCUCAGCCUCGGAGCUUUCCGGCAGGAGAUGCCGCCUGGUGCACUCCUCUCUCGGCCGCCAGUCGGACGUGUGCCUCUUCUUCGUCAAGGGAGAGUUCUUCGCUAUGGAUGCCCGCUGUGCACACUCCGGAGGUCCUUUGUGUGAGGGGGACAUCGAGGAGGCCGAUGGAAUCUUGAGGGUCUUCUGUCCCUGGCAUGACUACGACUUUGACCUCAGGACUGGCAGGUCGGGGACCUCAUUGAAGCAACAAGUGCACGAAGUCAAGCUGGAGGACGGUGACGUGUACGUGAAGCAUGCAAGCUGUCUCUCCUUGCAGCCGUUUCCUGUCCAUCACAAGAACUGAUCUCCAACCUUCCGUCCUCCUGGCCAGGAGGCCAAGUCGCUGAUUACGGGACGUCCUGCCGGUAGUGAGCACAUUCGGGACUAUUUAUAAGACUUUUCCCCGCAAAGUCCAGCCGUCUGAAAGCAUUCCUGAGCCUUAUCUGUCAGUUACCCAGACUUUGUACUUUGAUUGCAAAGUGAAAUCAAACUACGAUGAUAUCAGGCAAUUGUCUGAAGGAAACAUCAAGACAUUGCUUCAUAGAGACAGAAAAAUGUUUUGCUAAACUUCAAAAAUAAAACACUUGAACGCUGUGCAGAAGAAAAAAUGUCCUGUUCUGAACUGCCACAGACUACGAUGGAUUCCAAAUUGACUUUCCACUUUAUGAUUUGUGUUUUUACCUCAUAUCUGGAGCACAAUUGCCACAGCUACAUCAGUAACCUGAGGUUAGAGUGCAUUCUGGGUGAGUGUGAAUCCAUCCAGCCACGUUCUUUUGUACAUAUCGGCAUUAAGGUGAGCUAGAACCAAUUCCAGCUGACUUUGGGAGCGAGGUGAGCUCCGCCCUGGACUGGUCGCCAAAUGCAGGGUACGUACACAUGCCAUCAUUCACACUUAUAGGCAAUUUUGUAACUCUUUGAUGACCCAAUUAUGUAUGCUUUUUCUGCAUUCACGUUGAAUUGAAGAUGAGCGUAGUCAGUCACUCACAUUUGACAGGUGCGUUCAUGCCCGUGCGCCAUCGCACAACCAAACCUGCACAGUCAAGCACGAAAAAUCACACGCGUAAAAUUUGUUAGGAAUAGAAAAAAUAGAUAUUAAAAGACUUCACUUAUUUUGUGUAGUCUUGACCAAUGUUUCGUCUAAGCUGCGCCACUGCGUAAUUGCGCACUUGUUGCACACUCAGCACACAUGAAAACCGAUCCAGCGCAGUGACCCACAGCCUGUCUUUUUUUUUUGGUUUGUUUUUAACGGAAGCGCAUGGUCUCUAACAACGAGCUGCUGCUCAGCCUAAUGCUACUACCUAGUUUACCUGACACCGCCCCCCUCCGCUCUUAAAGGGCUACACUCAUCUACAAACAGUACACACACCCGUAACUUUAUAUCUGCGAGCAUGACGGACCACACCUGUGCAUUUUUCAAAUGUGAGUGACUGAUGUAGGUAAAUUGUUCUAGAGCAGAUUAUUUUCUUGAUUAUUAAAUAAUAUAUGAAAUUCUUAUUGUAAUGCCAAACAUUUUGUGUAUAUUUUUCUAAAUCUCUCUGAUGAAAUAAAGUAUGUGAUAGAUGAA